AGAGAGAGAGAGAGAGAGAGAGAGAGAGAGAGAGAGAGGUGGGAGAGAAGAGAGAGAUCCAGGGGGGCAGUGCGGGCGAGACGUCUCCCUAUCCCUGCACAGGGUCCCGGUCCCCCCUCCCCGGGCCCUCACCUUGUUCCUCGCAGGAGCCUAACAUGAAAAGCCUCCCGACUCUCGAGGGGGGGCCGUGGCCGAGCUUAUGCAUCAAGGAGGUGAGCUGCCCGAAAAAGCUCAAGAGGAAGACCCAAGAGGGGCCGAGGCGCGUGAACGGCUACAAAAGUUUCAGGGCAGACUUGAAAGUGCCGGAGCCGGCGGCCAAUGGACUAAGGGAGCGCACCGAGCGGCUGCUCCCGGCCAAGGGAGCGGCUGUGGCGGCUGCUGUGCCAGAGGAGAGCCCGGAGCUGCUGCUGCUACCGGGGGACCGUAGCAGCCGAAGCUGCGGCGGUGGCCCCCGGGGCGGGGAGGUCUUAGACAUGAGGAAACGCUGCUUCCCCCCGGGGCCUGGGCGAGGUCUGCCCCCGUCGCCCCCGCCGCUGCCCCCCGGCCUGGCGGCUCUUCCUGGGAGCCGGGACGGGCGAGAGGCUCCGCAGACUUUCGGGGACCAGAGCGUGCGUUCCCGGAUCGUGCUGUGCCCGCCGGCCCCUCGCCAGCCAGUGUCGCAGCCCCCGCCGCCUCCAGCGCCCCAGCCGCAGCCCCCACAGCCCCAGCAGCAGCAGCCGCGUCCGGCGGGAAGUUCCUUCUCGUCAAUUUCACACGUAAUUUACAACAACAAUCCCGAUUCUUCCGCAGCUUCGCCUAGGAAACGGCUGGGCGAAACUGCAGGCGUCUCCUCGGAGAUCAAAGCCAUCCAGCAGACUAGGAGGCUGCUGGCGAACGCCCGGGAGAGGACCCGGGUGCAUACCAUCAGUGCCGCCUUCGAGGCGCUCAGGAAGCAGGUUCCCUGCUAUUCUUAUGGUCAGAAGUUGUCCAAACUGGCCAUCUUGAGGAUAGCCUGUAACUAUAUCCUUUCCCUGGCCAGGCUGGCUGACCUGGACUACAGUGCUGACCACAGUAACAUGAGCUUCUCUGAAUGUGUGGAACAGUGUACCCGGACCUUGCAAGCAGAAGGCAGGUCCAAGAAGAGGAAGGAGUGAUGUGGAUCUGAGUGGAUUCUCCACACCCCCCCCCUGCUGAGGAGCCUCUUCUCCGGCCUAGGCCAAGGGCACAGAUGACCCUGACCCAGUGAUGUCCUCCUCUGGGAUGAACAUCCAUGCUCAGACUGUCAAUGGACUGGACAGAGAGAGAUCAUGAAAAGAUCUCACUUUCUCCCUUUUUCUCUUCCUUCCCUGACUUCAUCCAAGCCCCCAUGGCCCUGUGUGAUGCCAUUGAAUGUGUCCCUUUCUUUCUUCCCUUUUUGGCAGGGGAGAGUGGAGACAGAAGACGGGAAGGUUUUCCUUUGCCCAGCAUCCUUGGGCCAUUGCCAAAGAUUUGAUUGACUUUUAUCUGUUUGAAUGUCACAUGGUUAGUUUUUGUCUGGAAACAUCCCCCCCCUCCCAACCCACCUCAAGUCAUAGACAAGUCAAGAAUUCCAUCUGGAUCCCACCAGAAGAGCCAGUUAGCCCUAAAUGCUCCUCCUCCAACUCCAUUUUGGCUCCCAAGUUCCCAGCACUUUGGUUGGACUACAAACAAGCAUUCCCAAAUGGAGACCAAUAGAUAUUUCAGAGUGGGGUGCAAGUGGGUUGAAGGUGGGGAGAUACGAUCCUGUUCUCUGCCCCACACCUCCCCUCCUAUUUUUUCCAAGCUAAGCCUUAUAGCCCAGUGAGCACCCUCCUGUAUCUCUGUGGGGUUGGGAAGCUGUGGCCCCAGCUCAUUUGCCCACUUGGGAGGGACCAGGAGACUGGGGGCUUGGGAGAAGACAUUUCCUCACUUUCUUUUAGCCAAACCAAGACACAUGAAAUGCCUCCAAGGAUCUUCUUUUGGCCAACAUGAGAGGAGCAAAAGGAUUGUUUUUUCUUUUCAGGGGAUGGGGGCGUGGGGAGGAGGGCAGGGGGCUCAUUCAUUCCAGAUCCUACAGGCAGAAGGACUGACAAUGCCUGACUUGGGGAAGAAAAGAUGUAGGGGAAGUGGGCUAGCCUGGAGAAUGGGGCUAGCCUGGAGAGUGGGGCUAGCCUGGGGAGGAGCUCCCAUGGCUUCUGCCGGACCUCCUCCUGCUCUAAUGGCCAAAGCAGCUUGUUUCUGUGCUUUAUUGUUUGCUUCAAAUUGAAGUAAAAACCAAAAAAAAUCUAUGUAGAGAAACACACUUGCCUGGACCGAGUGGAUUUUGUGGUGGAUGCAGAUUUGUAAUGUUGAAAUUAUGACAAUUAACAUGAAUGCAGUAUUUGAAAAUAAAAAAGUACAUUGUUCAAGGCAAUGUGGCAUAGAGUGGUGGUCGCCAUUUUGCAGGGGUCUCCUUGGGGAUUCUCGACAAUGGUC